UCUUCAUUACCGAUUUGCUUCUCAAGAGAAAAUUUAUAAUUUUCGUAAAAAAAAACAUGACUCUACAGAUUCUCAAAGGACUCUUGCAAGGAUACAUGAAAUCAUUGUUUGAUGAGGGGGUAGUGAGUGAUCAAUUUAAUGUGAUUAUGUCUUUGAAACGCAUCGGGGAAACAGAUCGUGCUGUGCAAAUGAUAGAAACAUAUUUUGCAGAUGUGGAAAAGAUCUUGUUUGAGCUUUCUCGUCACGUUGAUAAUCCAACGGUUGACUUUAGUAAGUUGGCAUCCCUUGCUCGAGAAAUAGAGGAUAAGAGUGCAAGCAUUGGUGCAGAGCAUAUGAGACUUGCAUGCCCUGAUAUCAUUAAAGCCUGUGACGAAAAAAACCAUCAAAGUUUUUCUCGAUCUCUGCCUUGGUUAAAAAAUGAGUUUAGUAAUACCAGGAACAAGUUAGCUGCCUUUGUUCAGAUGGAGCGAAGGAUUAUUAGAAUUGAGAGUUCUCAAUCAUCAGCCUCUAGUUCUCAGGCAUCAACCUCUGGUUCCCAGUCACCAAAAUAGAGUUUAUAUAAUUUUAUUCUCAAUUUUCUUUCAGUUGGAUGAGAUUAAUUAUAUACUUU